AUCGCAUCUCAUAUUUUCCUAUAUGCAGCGACCGAAGGGUCUGUGGACUUAGGAGCACAUGCGCGCAUGCUGAUGAAGUCUCAUAACCGAUGGUUUUGAUGCCACCGUUGCCACGAUAGGGCGGAUUCUGCUGCGAUGGAGCCCAGCAACUGUCGAGCCAACCUCAAUCCCAUGUCUGAGGGAGCUUUCAGACCGAAAAAACAAAGACGUAUUUCACGAGCCUGCGACUUCUGCCACAGGCGCAGUAUACGGUGCAGACCAACUCAAGAUGAUGGCAGUCGAUGCCGGAACUGCUCGGACUUUGGCGUCGAAUGCACUUUUAAUAGGCCCAUGAAGAGAAGAGGAGCCAAACUUAAGGCAAAGCCUCAAGCAGAGGAUUAUAAGUCGCCGUCAAGCGAGCAUGCAAACCUCUUAUUACAUCUAACAAAUCCGCAAAUCAACCAACAUCAGCCAUCCUAUGGCACUUCCCACGAGAGCGCAGAAUCCAGCCUGAAGAUUAACUUCUCCAUCGACCUCAGUGAAAAUCACCAGGCGUUAGUUCUUGAUAAUCUCGCAAAGAUUCAAGACCUUGUCACAGUCUACUUUGAAGUCGUAUAUCCAAUAUUCCCACUGUUCCACAGACCAACCCUUCUUCGCAAGAUCAGCACCCGCGACUACCUAUCAGACAAAGCACAAUUUGCCAUGACAAUGGCAAUAUGUGCUUUGGCAUCUGCCCGAGCACGAGAUGGAGCGCUGUACCCUACCAAAUGGAAUCCAGAUUACCUCCUAGAGCCUGCAGCGGAGGAUUUCUCUUCUGCUGCAAUUGCCGUGCUUCCAUCAGACUGGAGCAAAAUGAAAGGCCUCGAUUGGAUGCGCACAUGCGCGGUGUUAGCCCUUGUUGGAAUACAAGUAGGCAACAUCCAGAUGAUGCACCAAUACUUGGGUACAUACCAUACCCUGGUGGCGAUGGAUGGGCUUCAUGAUGAAAAAAACUGGCCCAGGGAUAUCGACAUGGUCCAAGUUGAGGAGCGGAGAAGGCUUUUCUGGUCCAUCUAUACUUUGGACGUUUAUUCGUCAAUCGUCUGGGGCGGCGUGAUUCGCUGUCGAGAAUCACAGUCUCGGGUCCUGUAUCCCAGCGAGCUCGACGACGAGGUGUUUUCUCCAACGGGUAUCAGGAAUGGUCCUAGCUCUCCAAUGACCCGACGAGACAGUGCUUUUUCCAAACCAGCCAUCACUGACACGGGCUCUUGGCUUCACGGAUGGAACUUUACCACAGAACUUUACCGAAUCCUAGAGCAUGCCAUGGAUGAAUUUCAUCGUCGUCGGCCACAGAAUAUUGGGCCGUUCUCGCCUUCUGAUCUGUUUCAUCGGAGUGCUCCUCCCCAAUCUGUAGUUCUUGACAAAAUCAUUCUCAUGCACGAGAACUUGCCAGCGAGAUUCAAAGAGACGAGGGGCGUUGUGGGUGAAAUGACGGCGGAUAGAUACAGUUUCCAAGCGGCGAACAUUGCAGCCACCCUCCAGCUAGCACGCAUGGUCCUGUUUACAGCAGAAGAUGCCACAGUUGAACAGAAAUGCGCCAUCGCACGAGAACUCCUUGAUGACUUUGCCAGAGCCCCAAUCUUCUUCCUAAAGGCAAUUUCCUCGCCUCUUCUGCAUCAUCUUGCCGGAAUUGGUUCGAUUUUGGGAUCCGUCAUCGAAGGGCAGUUGUCGUUGUCAGAGUACCUUCGAGUUCGGACAGUUUUGUUGGCAAUGGCGGAUCUUCUAGCAAGCCUCGAAGCUUCAUUGACCAGAAAAGCUGGCGCCAGCGAGCGUCUGCGAGCCUUGCUCUCUCGAAUCGAUGAGUAUAUGAGUAGUCAACGCCAACAAGAGAUUUCCCUUCCGGUGGCAGAGACUCACCAAGAACAAAUCGAAUGGCCCGCUGGCACGCAAGUGGAUUUCAAUCAGGGCGAUAUGUCAUUGGACUCCCAAUUUUCUUUCCAAUUGCCACAGGAACUGUUGCUUGACUGGCCUUGGCCUCUCGAUCUGACCCAGGGUUUUGGGAACUUCCAAGGCACCUGACUGAACGAAUUCGCUAGAUAUUUACUCAACGAAUUCACUUUGACAUAAAUUUAUAUGGCCCAAGUCCAGAAAAUAAUUUAUGCUAUUCAAAGAGCG